CAUCCGCACAAAGCUCUCUGGGAAAGAGAGUCCACUCCGCUAAAUAAUUCAAGCCUGUUCUCUUCGCUGUGAACAAGAUGCCGGCCGUCCAUAAAUUGCUUUUAGAGGAGGCUUUGCAGGACAGUCCUCAGACUCGCUCCUUGCUCAGUGUGUUUGAGGAAGAUGCGGGAACACUCACAGACUACACCAACCAGCUGCUUCAGUCUAUGCAGAGGGUUUAUGGAGCCCAGAGUGAGAUGGGAUUGGCUACAGAACAGCUGUCCAGUCAGCUACUGGAAUAUGAGAAGCAAAAUUUUGCCCUUGGUAAAGGUGACGAGGAGGUGAUCAGCACACUGCAGCAAUUUGCCAGAACUGUGGGGGAGCUGAACACACUACACUCAGAGCUGGCCUCUCAGAUGGCUGACAGAAUGAUUUUUCCCAUGAUCCAGUUCAGAGAGAAAGACCUUACAGAGAUAAGCACAUUAAGAGAAGUAUUUGGCAUCGCCUCUGAUGAGCACGAGGCUGCCAUGGUCAAGUACAGCAGACUGCCCAAGAAGAAGGAGAAUGAGAAGGUGAAGGCAGAGUUGGUGGGGGAGGUGGCCUACUCCAGGAGGAAGCAGCACCAGGCCUCCAUGCAGUAUUACUGUGCCCUCAAUGCCCUGCAGUACCGCAAGAGAGUAGCUAUGCUGGAGCCCAUGCUGGGAUACACACAGGCCCAGAUCCAUUUCUAUAAGAAAGGCAUGGAUCUAGUCUCAAAGAAAAUGGACAGCUUCCUGGUGUCAGUGUCCAGCAUGACACAAAGUAUCCAGGCUCAGUUGGACUCGGAGGCUGAGGCCAUGCGUCUGACCCAGCGAGAGCUGCUCUCCAUGGAGGAUACUGUGUACAUGCCUGACCGUGAUCCCGUCCCAGUCAACCGCACACUUAUACAGAAGGCAGGCUACCUCAAUAUCAGGAAUAAGACGGGCCUGGUGACAACUGCCUGGGACCGCCUUUACUUCUUUACCCAGGGAGGGAACCUCAUGUGCCAGCCGCGAGGGGCUGUGGCAGGGGGUAUGGUGCUGGACCUGGAUAACAGCUCCGUCAUGGCCGUAGAGUGCGAGGACAGACGCUACUGUUUUCAGAUCACCUCCCCCUCCGGUAAAACGUCAAUGAUUCUACAAGCAGAGAGCAAAAAGGAACAUGAGGAAUGGAUUUGCACUUUGAACAACAUUUCCCGACAGAUCUACCUGACAGACAACCCUGAGGCAGUGGCCAUCAGACUGAACCAGACAGCCAUCCAGGCGGUCACGCCCAUCACCAGCUUUGAGAGGAGAGGGGAGGGCUCGCCCAACCCAGACAGGGCUAAGCCAGGUGGGGUGCAGUCCUCUAGCAGUGCUCCAAAAGCAGAGGACCUUAUAGUUCCAGGGACACCCAUCCAGUUUGACAUCAUGCUGCCUGCCUCGGAGUUCCAGGACCAGAACCGGGUCGGAGGGAGGCGUACAAACCCAUUCGGAGAAACAGAUGACGACUGCUCCCCUGAAAGCGAUGACUCCCUGCUGCAGCAGGUGUUUGCGGUGCGGUUCCUGGGCUCCAUGGCGGUGCGUUCAGGACAAACCCAGGAAGUGAUCUAUGAGGCCAUGAGACAGGUGCUGGCGGCUCGAGCCAUCCACAACAUCUUCAGAACUACAGAGUCCCAUCUCAUGGUCACCAGCAGCUGUCUCAGGUUGAUUGACCCCCGGACACAAGUCACAAGAAUCAGUUUCCAGCUACAGGAGGUGACCCAGUUUGCGGCCCACCAGGAGAACGGCAGGCUGAUGGGCUUCGUGGUUGAGGGGCGAGACUGGAGCGAGGGGACCGAGGAGGGAGAGCCCUCCUUUAGUGCGUUUGUCUUCGAGAGCAACACGGAGGGAGAGAAGAUAUGUUACACGAUAAGUUUGGGGAAGGAUAUUAUAGAAGCAAAGAAGGACCCGGAGGCUCUAGCUCAGCUGAUGAAAAACAUGCCUCUGACCAACGAUGGCAAGUUCCUCCUGCUGGACAGUGAGACUGGUGACACGGCUAACGGAGGAGCACCGGAUGAGGAGUCUGAGGCCUAGCCAUGCCUCAUAGUGCCAGGGGAGAGAGUCAGAGGUUCUCCCACAAAACGCCUCCUCACGUGGUGUUGCGAUGUUCUCAUGAGCCCUUCCUCUAGUCUGGUACAUGUUGACCAGGAAAACCUCCUGGGUUUAUAUGGCAUCUCUCACUCAUGACCACUGAAGUGAUGUACAGUUACUUAUAAAAAAGGGACAAUGUUUAGGUUGACUAUUUUAUCCCUUUAUUUUCCCUGGUGGAAUUAAUAUCCUCAGCCAUCCUGUCAGUUUAAACUGUCAGUUUAAAUCCCUUUCUCCGGCAUGAAUAGGUUUACAUUUCCUAGCUUUGAGUUUAAUGGUACUAUUGUGUUAAUAAUGCUGCAGUAUAAUAUUGUGUAGAGAUGACUGGCUAUGAUGACUUACAUGUAGGUCUUGUCAGCAGCACUUCAUAUGACAUUUAUACUGUACAUCUUUCAUUGCUACGAGACCAUAUUGCACUUCCAAGGUUUCUAUUUAAUCAAAGGCUUGAUGUCCGCGGCAGAAUGCACCGACUUCAGACAUUAUCCGGCAACAUUUAUGAAGUAAGGUUUUAAUCUCAAUGAAGGACAGGGGAAGGUACUGUAUAGUCAGAAUUUUGGCGUACCAUGUGACGCUAAACCCCCAUUCCUUGUUGUCUGGGAGGCAGCGAUUAGAGAAUGAAGAACGUGUUAAUGCUCCAACCAUAUGUGUCUUCGAACAGUGGGCAUGGUGGCCUGUUUGGGAGUAUGAAUGAGUCAUGGUAGGGCAGAAACCAUACAGUAAGAUGAUAGGCACAUUGUGCAAAACAUUGUCCCAUCCAUUUCCUUAAUGCUUUUAUAAACCACUACCUAUAGAAUCUGCUUGGAGCUUUAUUUCCUUACUAGUCGGGCUUCGGAUGGUACUUGGUCUGUGAAAAUAUUUGUCAAUUUUUUUUUUCAACGGCCUUCGCAAAGUAAAUAUGACAUAUGUCAAGUCAAACAUUGAAGAUUGCAUAGAGGUCUGUUAUUUUCUGAAUCAGUAUAAUAUGAGUGAUACAGCGCAUUAAUUCUUUUAUGACGUGCUUCCAGUGGGAAGGUGUCUGCCUUUGGUACUGAACCAGAUACAGAAUAUAUCCUGACUUGUUCCAUUAACCAAUUGCAAGUAAGCAGAAUUUCUACCAUUCACCAAUAGAGAAAUGCUAAACAAGACUAAGGCCUAGGUUCAACCGGAUCAAGCGUUACCCGGCGAUAGCAGACAGCUCCAUAGCGGAUGUUUUGGAGGGGGAACUGCGUUAGUUCCGUUGAAUCGGUGAGCAGCUGCUCUUGCUUGAUUAAUCUCGACCCGGGCACCUGUGUAGGCUUUUUUUUCACCGCCAGGGCAUGAGCCAGAAGUCGGCUCAAAACAAAGGUGACUUAAUUAAGCACGUGGAGUGAUGAGAAGGAUUGUGUUUUCACCUGCAAAAGAAAACAAGUUUGAAAAUUCAAACAUUUUAUGGAAAAGGGAUAUGUUUCUGGACGACGCACCCAUGCUGUUGAUAACAUGAUAGUGGUGCAGAUUACUGUUUGAUUUGAGAAGGACUCUCCCUCACUGCUUUUGCCUGUUUACGUCACGGGCCAUAGACCUGUGCCCCGCGGCUCAACAUUGACGAAUCCGGCCAUUGUCACAAAGCCACACCUGCCCCACUCGAUUUAGAAAUUAAGAACAAGAAAGUGUAGGCUAUAAAAUAAAUAAUUACACCCAAAUUGAAAAUCAUUAAACUAAAUAAUGUGGAUUUCUAAUCAGCCUAAUAAACAAGGCUGUGUGGGAUUUAUUAAAUUAGACUGCGUGCAGCCAGUGGCAAUGUCCACUGUGGGUUUAAUGCCAGGAGCCACUUAUGAAUUUGACAGCUCUAACAGGCGACACCAAAAACAACCGCUAUGUGGAUGUCGGCUAAAGCGGAUCUGAUUGAAUUGAACCUUAAGGGCUUGUAAACUCAGCAAAUAAACAUCCUCACUGUCAACUGUUUAUUUUCAGCAAACUUAACAUGUGUAAAUAUAUUUUUUUGGAGGGGGGUCAAAAUCAAAAGUAACAGUCAGUAUCUGGUGUGGCCACCAGCUGCAUUAAGUACUGCAGUGCAUCUCCUCCUCAUGGACUGCAUCAGAUGUGCCAGUUCUUCCAUUAAGGCACCUGCAAGUUCCCUGGACAUUUCUGGGGGGAAUGGCCCUAGCCCUCAACCUCCGUUCCAACAGGUCCCAGACGUGCUCAAUGGGAUUGAGAUCCGGGCUCGUCGUUGGCCGUGACAAAACACUGACAUUCCUGUCUUGCAGGAAAUCGCGCACAGAACGAGCAGUAUGGCUGGUGGCAUUGUCAUGCUGGAGGGUCAUGUCAGGAUGAGCCUGCAGGAAGGGUACCACAUGAGGGAGGUCUUCCCUGAAACACACAGCGUUGAGAUUGCCUGCUAUGAUAACAAGCUCAGUCCGAUGAUGCUGUGAUACACUGCCCCAGACCAUGACGGACCCUCCAUCUCCAAAUCGAUCCCGCUCCAGAGUACAGGCCUCGGUGUAACACUCAUUCCUUCGACGAUAAACGCGAAUCCGACCAUCACCCCUGGUGAGACAAACCGCGACUCGUCAGUGAAGAGCACUUUUUGACAGUCCUGUCUGGUCCAGCGACGGUGGGUUUGUGCCCAUAGGCGACGUUGUUGCCAGUGACGUCUGGUGAGGAUCUGCCUUACAACAGGCCUACAAGCCCUCAGUCUAGCCCCUCUCAGCCUAUUGCGGACAGUCUGAGCACUGAUAAGGGGAUUGUGUGUUCCUGGUGUAACUCGGGCAGUUGUUGUUGCCAUCCGGCACCUGUCCCGCAGGUGUGAUGUUCGGAUGUACCGAUCCUGGGCAGGUGUUGUUACACGUGGUCUGCCACUACGAGGACGAUCAGCUGUCUCCCUGUAGCACUGUCUCAGGCAUCUCAUAGUAAGACAUCGCAAUUUAUUGCCCUGGCCAC